CAGGUUUGGUCUUAGUAAUCGGUUUAAUACAGAAUUUCCAUCUGGUUUAAUGUCGCGUGUUGCGCCGGAAGAGUUCAAGGCAACUCUAGGACGUAUCAAUAGCAUUUUGAAGAAAACCUUACCCGUAAAUGUAAAAUGGUUGUUUUGUGGUUGCGUUUGUUGUUGCUGCACCUUGGGUUGUUCACUUUGGCCUGUGAUUUGCUUAAGUAAACGGACUCAAAUAACUCUUGACAAAUUAUUAGAAUGGGAGAAUAGUCACCUCUACCAUAAGCUCGGUUUACAUUGGCGACUGCAUAAACAACAAUGUGACUCCAACUCAAUGAUGGAAUAUGUUGUCUUAAUUGAAUUUAUACCAAAAACACCGAUUUAUCGUCCAGAUUAGAGCAAAAUAUGGAGCAGUGAAAAUUAUGUCAAGCUCUAACGCAGUGCGUAGCUUUGGUGUAAUUAAUUUAAAUUAAUAACUUUGUUAGCAUAGAAAAAGAAUUAAAAUAAAAAAAAGUAUCU